AGCAUGGCUCCUUCUGUGGUAACUGAAUAGCCAGUGUAAUUUGACACUUCAACUUGCCGUGGCUCUCUACGGUAGUUGAUUCAGUCACUCACACGCUAACGCUACGGUGAUCGUUUUUUCUUGUAUUUGUGAAGUGAAAAGGGACGCAGUGUAGGUCUACACGAAAUUCGGGAAAACAAAGCGGAUUUCUUCUCCUAGCCGAGCUAAAAACUUGCAGAAAACCAAUCGCUGGGCCGCUGUGCGUGCCACGGGCGGCGGCGUCUCUGGCGAGCCCUCCCCGAUAAAUUCCUCCGUCUGGAUGUGAGGCCAGCCGGGGCAGCGGCGGGCGGACCUCCCGGUGGGUGGGAGGGAGAAAAGGAGGGAGCAGAACUGGCUUCUCUUUCAUUACCCUCUCCACCCGGGCCAUGAUGGGAGAGACAGAGAGCAGCCAACUCGCAGAGGAAAAAAUCCUGUAGACUGCACUGAAUGAACGGGAGGGAGAGAGAGAGAAUGCCCUUUUCCUCUCGUUAGUGAGGUAUGGGAGUUGGGGGGAAACACGAGUUGGAGCGGGUGCGGUAGUUCAGAGAGAGGCAGGGAGGAAAAGCUAUGGAUGUUGAUUUCAGAUGUUGUAAAGGGGCAUGAAACUCCACUUCCAGAAAACCGUAAUCCAACAGGUAAUACAUUAGGCACAUGGAUGGGUUUUGUUUAUGUUAUCAUAAAGGUCGUUUAAUGUAGUCUACAAUACACACCGUUUAAAUGUGAACAUAUUUACCAGCUGCUUACACUGUCCUUAACAUAACUGGAAUGUUUUAUGUUUAUAAUUGAUUAAUAGACACAGCUUGUAAGAAUGUGUUAAUAAAACAUAAUUGGAAACAGUGAACUUGACCUAGUCAGUGUAACUGUCAGUUAACAACACUUCUAAAGCCUCACACCAUACACACACUAUCUCACUGUCAGUCAAGAUAACAGGUGCAAGUUGCAUGAGGGAAGCCCACCCAUUCACCUUUUUUCACUUGUCAGCAGUCAUGAAGCAAAGGAGACAAGGAAACGAAGCCAAUCAAUACAAUUGGAAUCAAUGCUGUGUUUAUGGACUGACAGUGUGGGUCCAGUGAAGACCAGAGAGGAAGGAUCCUGAAGGAUAUACAUGGGAUGGGUGGGGGUGAGGGGGGCUUGUGACAUCACUCCCAGCCCAGGUCAGAGUUCACACAGGCAUGUUCUAUGAUUGAUGAGGAAGUAGCGAAGGCUUUGGUUAAUAGGAAACACAAGAACCUCCCUCUCCGCUGAUACCACAGAUACAUUUAAACGGAAAGCUGACGUCCUAUCUUCCUGUCCUGUCUCUCCGCUCCAAUCAGCCAAUCCCAACGAGGAGCUGCGGUUGACCUUCCCGGUCCGGGACGGCGUGGUAUUGGAACCUUUCCGGUUGGAACACAACCUCGCCGUCAGUAAUCACGUCUACCACCUGCGACCGUCGGUACAUCAGACCCUCAUGUGGAGAGUGUUGAUGGCGUCACGUUAGACUAGAGGACAGGAAGCAGUCAUCAAGAUGAACGCGUUGCCGUCAAUGGAUCGGCACAUCCAGCAGACCAACGACAGGCUGCUGUGUAUCAAACAGCACUUACAGAACCCGGCCAACUUCCACACCGCAGCGACAGAGCUGCUGGACUGGUGCGGAGACCCCCGAGCCUUCCAGAGACCUUUCGAACAAAGCCUCAUGGGAUGCCUAACGGUGGUGAGUCGUGUUGCAGCCCAACAAGGCUUUGACCUGGACCUAGGCUACAGGCUGCUGGCUGUUUGUGCUGCUAACAGAGACAAAUUCACGCCCAAGUCUGCAGCCCUGCUGUCAUCGUGGUGCGAGGAGCUGGGUCGCCUCCUGCUGUUGCGUCACCAGAAGAGCAGACAGAAUGAGCCUCCACAGGGCAAAGUCCCCAUGCAGCCCAACAUGAACACCAUGAAACCCCCUGGAGGACUCUCACACGGUGAUGGGUCAUUUACCUACGACUCGGUUCCAUGGCAACAGAACAACAACCAGCCCCCAGGGUCAUUGUCUGUGGUUACCACCGUGUGGGGUGUGACCAACACGUCACAGAGUCAGGUGUUGGCCAACAGCUCCAGCCAUAUGAACCCAGGAGGUAACCCCAUGGGUCAGGGUAUGUCUGGGGGUCCGGCAGGCCUCAACUCCCCCCAGUUCUCCGGCCAGCAGCAGCAGUUCCCGGCCAAGGGAGGCCAGGGCCCGGGCUACAUGCAGCAGGGGAUGUAUGGCAGGCAGGGAUACCCCAGUGGAGGGGGCUACAGCGGGAGUUACCCAGGUGGUCCUAACACUCCCCCAGGGGGGAUGGGGAUGCCCCAACACUCCCGCCAGCCUGGCGACUUCACCCAACCAGCAGCUGCCGCUGCUGCUGCCGCUGUCGCUGCCGCCGCUGCUACGGCAACCGCCACGGCAACCGCUACCGUGGCAGCCAUGCAGCAAGAGACCCAGAACAAAGAGAUGAACCAGUAUGGACAGAUGUGUUCCUCCUUCCAGAUGGGCCCAACUCAGGCGUACAACAACCAGUUCAUGAACCAGCCUGGCCCCAGAGGGCCCCCUGGAGGCAUGAACCCAGGCAGCAUGGGCCAGGCCAUGAACAACCCCAGCAUGGGUGGGCCUCCCAUGGGCAUGAACCAAACUCGAGCCCCAGCCAUGGGGCCUUUUGGGGCUCACGGCCAGAGGAUGUCCCAGCAGGGCUACGGAGGACCUGGAGGCCCCAGGCAGGCCAUGCCUAUGCAGGGAAUGAAGAGGCCCUAUCCUGGAGAGCCAAACUACGGGGGUCAGCAGUAUGGUCCUAAUGGUCAGUUCCCUCCCCAGCAGAGUCAGUACCCCACCUCUAACCCCUCCAGGCCAAUGCCCUCCCCUAACUACCCAGGCCAGAGGAUGCCUGGGGGGCAGGGGCCAGGCCAGUACCACCCGCAAGGCAUGCCCAUGGGACAGUACUAUAAGCAAGAGCCAUUCAAUGGUCAGAACAGCAACUUCUCUGGUGGUGUAUACUCAUAUAGUCAAGGCAACGGGGCCCCCAGGCCAGGUAACUACCCCCACUCCCCGGUGCCUGGUAAUCCCACACCUCCCAUGACCCCCGGAAGCAGUAUGCCUCCGUACCUCUCGCCCAACCCGGAUGUCAAGCCGCCGUUCCCGCCAGACAUGAAACCAAAUAUGACAGUGCUUCCACCUCCCAAUACCACAGAUACAUUUAAACGGAAAGCUGACGUCCUAUCUUCCUGUCCUGUCUCUCCGCUCCAAUCAGCCAAUCCCAACGAGGAGCUGCGGUUGACCUUCCCGGUCCGGGACGGCGUGGUAUUGGAACCUUUCCGGUUGGAACACAACCUCGCCGUCAGUAAUCACGUCUACCACCUGCGACCGUCGGUACAUCAGACCCUCAUGUGGAGGUCAGACCUGGAGCUUCAGUUCAAGUGUUACCACCACGAGGACCGACAGAUGAACACUAACUGGCCUGCCUCCGUCCAGGUCAGUGUCAACGCCACGCCCCUGACCAUCGAGCGAGGCGACAACAAGACAUCCCAUAAACCCUUGCACCUGAAGCAAGUGUGCCAGCCCGGCAGAAACACCAUCCAGAUCACUGUCACUGCCUGCUGCUGUUCGCACCUGUUUGUGCUGCAGCUGGUCCACAGGCCUUCAGUCCGCUCCGUCCUGCAAGGGCUCCUGAAGAAGAGACUCCUGCCUGCAGAACACUGCAUCACCAAGAUUAAGAGAAACUUCAGCAGCGUAGUGGCCUCGUCGGGUAACACCAGUCUAAACGGAGAGGACGGCGUUGAGCAGACCGCCAUCAAAGUCUCCCUCAAAUGUCCAAUCACCUUCAGGCGCAUCCAGCUGCCUGCCAGGGGGCAUGACUGCAAACACGUACAGUGUUUUGAUCUGGAGUGGUAUCUGCAGCUGAACUGUGAGAGGGGGACGUGGAGGUGUCCUGUGUGCAAUAAAACUGCAUUGUUAGAGGGUUUAGAGGUGGACCAGUACAUGUGGGGAAUCCUCAACGCCAUUCAGAAUUUGGAGUUUGAGGAGGUGACCAUUGACCCAACGUGUAGCUGGCGGCCGGUGCCCAUCAAGUCUGACCUCCAUAUUAAAGAAGACCCUGAUGGACCGCUGGCCAAACGCUUAAAGACCAUGAGCCCCUCCCAGAUGACCAUGCCCAACGUCAUGGAGAUGAUCGCCCAGCUGGGCCCUGGCCCCUCCCAUUACCCAUCAGGCCCUGCUCAGCAUGGGGGAGGCGGCACCGGGGGAAACCCAGGGGAGUACGGUGGCCCCAGAGGCCCAGGCAACAAUUACCACGGCCACGGGAACUUUGACUUCCCCCACGGUAACCCCUCAGGCGUGGGAGGAGGUGGUGGAGGUGGACUGAGAGGGGGAGGAGGAUCCCCCAUGAGUGACUUUAUCAACCCCCCUCAGCUGUCCCACCUCCCAGACGUUCCUGUGGUUCUCCUAUCCCAGGACAAGCCCCUCAGCCACGGCAUCAACGACCCCAUGUCUCAUCCUUCCACCACUGAUCAGCACCAUAAUUCCAUGCAACAGCAGAGCGCACACGUGCCUCCUCACCCCAACAGCCAGUCGUUACAUCACGGUGGCAGCCAAGCAGGGCAGUCGUUGCAUCACAGCAGCCAAUCGUUGCAGCCCCCUCGCCAGCAGGCCCCAACUCCCCAACAGCAGCAAGGCCAGAACAGUCGCCCGCAUGGCGAUAUGAACUUUAACCACUCGUCCUCGGGCAUCGAAGGUCAAAUUAGUGGUGACAUGCCUGAGCCCUCCCUAGAUCUGCUUCCAGAGCUGGCCAACCCAGACGAGCUCCUGUCCUAUCUGGAUCCUCCAGACCUCCCCUCCAACAGCAACGAUGACCUCCUCUCCCUCUUCGAGAACAAUUAACCUUUCACCUCCCUCACCGCUCGAGCCGAACCCAAACCUUCUCCACAGACAGACACACACACCACAGGGUGUGUCCAACCAGCUGGACUCUCCAUAGAGUCCAUAGACACACCGUCGUCCUCAUAUGGACUGGUAGUGGGGACAUCGUCAAGUCACACACACACACAAACAAAGACGUGUAGGUGGCAUAGGAGCAACGCUGAGGUCAUCUGUCAGAACAUGAGGCGAUGAUGAGGAUGACAGGGAGUGGACACUGUGUGUGACAGAGUUUGGAAACAGGAAAUGCACUCAUGACCUCACUUCCUCUUCCUCACACACACUCUUCCUCGUGUAAAGACUCUUUACACUGCUCCGCUGUGGAGCUCCUCCGGCCGACAACAUCGACGGCCAUGUCGGUUGUCUACCCCUUCAGUGAUAUUUUAUCUCUUGUCUUUUCCAACUUAAACUGUGCAGCUAAUAAUCACGUUCUAUGUGUAGGACGUCACACAGGCCGAACUCUCUGUGUGAGCUUUUAGGGAAAAGUGUUGUAGCAUUUUGUAUCGUCCUUAUUUCCCCCUUAUACAAAAAAAAAGGAAAAAAAAUACAUGAAUAGGGAAGAAAAGUCAUCUUCUUGUCCUGGCCAGUGUUUAUAUCUAUCCUCUUUUGACGUGUGUUCUUCCAAGCCCUGACCCCCUGAGACCACAGCCUUUAACCCCUGACCUUUGACCUACAGUGUGUUCUUAUAACCUCUGACCUUUAGCUCAUAGUGUGUAUUUCCAACGGGACGUCCGUCAUCACUGGGUACCUACCAUCCAGUCUAACUGAAGCACAACCGACGGUGGGUCACACCACACCACAUGGCAGGCAGAGCCCUGGGAGGAGAGACCAAGGCCUGUGGAUGAGGAUCCUAACCUCGCUAGCUAGCCCACCCAGUCUACAUAAGAAUCAGCACUGUUAACUCUAUUCAGUCUGUCUAUCGCCCCCCUCCAAUGUUGUUCAAGUUUCUCUUCCCUGGUGUUACAGUACAAUGCCAUAUCGGACAGUGGGCUAUGCAAAAGUAUGUUUUACAAAAACAUUUGUUUUGGCUUAGAAUGAUGGAGAAGUAUGUGUGUAUCUGUGUGUGUAUGUGCUAGAGAAAGAGUGAGGAUGAGAGUGAUAGAAAAAGAGAAGUACAGAGUCCGUCCUUAUUUAGUCUAUCAUAGAGACACAGCUAGUGUUGCAAAAGAUAGUCGGCCAUUCUAAUAGAGCCAGAUCCCUCUUUAACGUGAGACUUCCUCUGUUCUACAGGCCUGCAAUUGCUCCUGUAACCAUACUGUGUGGUGUUAAGAAGUGCAUGUGUGCCAAUGGUCUUUGUUCUAGAUUAGCCAGAAACAUUCUAGCCAUUGCAUUUUUUUAUCAUGAUUUUAUUUGACAUUUUCUUGCAAAGGAAUGAUUUUGGCUACUGUCCAGCUUUUUUCUUUUCAUGUUUGUUUCAUUUCUACUGUUCAUUGGAAAAUGGCCAUGCGUGAUGCAUCACCAAAGUUAUCCUACAGUUUGUAGAAGGAGUUAGCUUGGACAUCUACUAUAAUGUAAGAAUAAUAUGGUCUAAGGCACUGCAUCUCAGUGCUGGAGGCGUCACUACAGACCCUGGUUAGAUUCCAGGGUGUAUCACAACCGGUCGUGAUUUGGAGUAUCAUGGGGCGGCUCACAAUUGGCCCAGCGUCUUCCGGGUUAGGGUUUGGCCGGGGUAGGCCGUCAUUGUAAAUAAGAAUAUGUUCUUAACUGACUUGCCUAGCUAAAUAAAGGUUACACAAUACAUCAAAACCAUACACUUAGGGAGCCCAUCAAAAAGUGUUCUGAACAGAUGUGUGGUUGCACUGCAUUUCCUAUGUCUUGUUACUGUUAAACUGUAUUUUGUCAACUUUUGUUCAAAAGGAGCCACAAUGGUUUAUAAAGACAAUACUUUAAAAUGGUUGCCAUCCUGACAAUAUAUGCUUUAAAAAUGUUUGCUAAUGUAUUGGGGAAAAGUAGAGGAAAGUGACUUGACCCUGUAUCAUUUUUGUUUAAAUCAAGUCUAAAUUGUAAUACCCUCUGGAAUUGAAUGUGAGUUAUUUUUUAUUUUUGUGAAUCCUGUUUUGUACAACACAAGAUCAUCAUGCGUAUUAUUCUAUCCUCGUAGCAUUUUUGAUAUUGUUCUCCUAUUUUAAGUUAUUUUCUGUAAUUAUUCAGUGACUGUGAGAAUAAUCAUAAUUUGGUUUACUUCAGAUCAUGUAGGCUACUAAAUGAAAUUGAAGAAUUCUCAAUCGGUGGAUAUUUUUAGGACUUAAGAAUGAUCCCCAACGCUGGUUGAAUCACCUGAAUGCAACUGACCCUACGAUAUUUUAGUCUGUCUGUCUGUCUGUGUCUUGUUCUGUUUGUUGAAGACAAUGCACUGCCACAGUGAGGUAUUUUAACUCCCCUGCCCUGUCUGUAGAUCUGUGUAGACAUGAUGCUGAAGUCUGGUCUAUCAACAUUACUCUCGAUACGCCUUGUCCGAGGUUCAGGCUCCACACCAAACUGUAGAUGUACAGUCAAUGGACAAAAGUGGAGUGUGUUAGUUAGAGGGUGCAAUGUAUUUUCAUUUAAAGAAAAUGGGAGAUGUGAUCCCCUGCCCUCUGUUUUCUGUCACUAACAUGCAGGAAUAGGGUCUGGAGGGUCUCUGAGGGAUGCAUGUACAUAGUGUAAAUGACAGAUAGAGAUACAUUAACUUACAGAAAUGUAGACAUUUUCGCCACACGGGGCAAUGAUGCGCAUUGUGUAUUUAGAAUUUGUAAAGUUUGCAUCCUCCUGUCAGAAGAGACUGUUGAAUUGUGGGAAAUGGAGUCUGUGUUUGAUAGUCUGUACAGCCCUCUGUCUCCAACCACAUGUUUAUUCAUGUAAGAUACUUUAUCUACUUCUCAAACAUGGGGGUGUUGGAAAAGGAGAAAAAAAAGAAACAUUUGUUUCCCUUUGUGUAAAACUUCUGUGUAUUUCUCUAUUACUUGUGUACUUUAUAAAGGUGCUACUACAACAACAUAAUAAAGAUAAUUUUGAGGAAUAAAUCGGGACGUGGGAACCAUGAGUGGUUCCUAAAGAUUGUUGAUACCAAAUUUACAGUUUGUACAAUUUUGGCAAAUUUACAGUUUUUACACAAUUAGGCAUAAAAUAUUACUUCCAAGGUACAAUCUGAAGUGAUUGGCACACCAAGUGGCAGUUGUCUUUUUUGUUUUGUACAUUCUGUGUACAGUCAUUUCAUAUUCUAAACUGGUCAGAAAAAAAUGAAUUGUGAUUUUUAGUCUUGCAAAACUGUAUGUAGUUAGAUGACGUGACAUCCUAAUAUUUAUCUAAUAAAUAUGUAUUCAGAUGAAA